CGCCAUCCACAUCCUAUCAUCCAAUAUCGCCAUCAUAUAUCAUCUAAGCUUUUCAUCACUACUAGAACUAUUCAAUUCUUCUGUAGUUGAGCAAUCUGACUCAUUACUCAUUGCGUUCCUCCUGAAUUUGUUACUCCUGCGUUUUCACUUCGACCAUCGCACUGCAACCAUAAUAACACCGAUUUACACCGAUUAAUCCGUGCCACGGCACGUCCAACAUCAAACACUGUCAGUCUAGAGUGUCUUUCCUUUGAUUGCCUAGAAACGGGCAUCUUCCUAGACGAGCAAUCAUGAAGGUCUUCUCUUCCAACUGCAUCUUCGACUAUUCCUGGAACGAAGUUUCGACCGCGAACUGGCGCAAGUACUGCCCAUGGAAUGACAAGUCAACCCAUGUCGUGGGGGUGGAUACUCUUUCUCGAUCAGUCGAUCCAGCAACUGGAAUCUUGCGUACGGAGCGCCUCAUCACAUGUGAUCAGUCCGUGCCACAAUGGGUAUUAUCAUUAUUUGGAGGGAGCGCUACAUCUCAUGUCUACGAGAUUUCGUAUGUCGACCCAAUCGCGAAGAAAGUUACCAUGUGCUCCAGCAAUCUUACUUGGUCCAACGUUCUCAACGUUCAAGAAACUGUGAUAUACCGACCUUCACUGUCAAAGGCAAACUCCACCGAUUUUAACCAAGAAGCCAAAAUCACCGCACUUUGUGGUGGCUGGCAGAAGAUCAAAAACAAGGUAGAGGAGGCAAGUGUGGAAAGGUUCAGUCAAAACGCCAAAAGAGGACGAGAAGGCUUCGAGGCGGUACUCGAGAUGAGUCGACGGGUCUUCGGCGAACAACGCGAGCACGAAAAAAGGCAGCUACAGUCGUGAGCAUUUAGACAUCCGUUUCCAUCCGCAUAUUAAGCGACUUGCAUAUCUCGGCGUCGGUUUCUAAUCCUUCUUGUUUUGGUGGUUGUUUCUCUUUUUCGGUGGCCGUGGCCAAUGUUUAUACGAUUAUCAUGUUCCCACUUUC